AUGUCUAUCCUAAAAUCCUCCCUCCCGCAAUCGUCCGCCAUCCAAGCCUUUCUCCACUCUCCCCCCCUCGAUUCCUCCGAAUUUUGUUUGUCCCAAUUCGACAUAAAUCGGGCCGGCAGGAGCUACUAUAAUGGAGGUGCUCGCGAUACUAUUCGUGCCAGAGCACCAGCGUCGAUUGACAGGAAUGGUGUCGCGACGGAAGGUAUGAUGAGGACAACUUCUAUGCUGGACGAGGAAGGAGGGAUUGAUUCCAUUAUGAGGAAUCUGAUUGUGGUGAGCAACGAAAGGGAAUCAGUCAAUUAA